ACCGUCCAUUGCCCAUCCACAGUUCCACACCACGCCGCCGCAGCCAGGCACUCUCCAUGGCUGCCCACGCCGUCACCCCGCUCACCAUCUGCCGCCUCCGCCGCGGCGUCCCCCUCCACCACAGCCGCCGCCUCCUCGCCGUGGCCGCCGCAGCGCCGGAAGCGCCUGCGCCUCCCCCCGCGAUAUCCCAGUCGCCGCCGUCCCCGGUUCCGCCCCGCAAGGGCUACUUCCCGAAGCGCGGCGAGACCGUCGAGCUCACCUGCGAGGCGCUCGCCUUCAAGGGUAAGGGCGUCUGCAAGGUCGCGGGCUCCACCUUCGUCCUGCUCUGCGAUGGCGCGCUCCCCGGCGAGCGCCUCGUCGCCCGCGUCAGCCGCCUCCGCCGCGGCGCCUUCGCCGAGGCCGCCAAGCUCAGGACCCUCGAGCCGCACCACGACGCCGUCGAGGCGCCCUGCCCCCUCGCUGCUGAUUGCGGUGGCUGCAAGACCCAGACUCUCGCGUACGCCGCGCAGAUCCGUCACAAGCAUCUCCAGGUUCGCGAUUUGCUCGUGAACUUUGGCAAGUUUGAUCCCAAGCGCAUGGAGAGCUCGGAACCGGAUGCGAUCCUCAAACCCAUCGUGCCGUGCGACGAGAUAUUCCGAUACAGGAACAAGAUGGAGUUCUCGUUUGGGACCAAGAGAUGGGUGCAAAAGGAGUUGAAGGGCAAGGAUGAGGAGGUGGGGGUGAAGCAGGAAACGAAUGAAACUGAUGGAUAUGCGCUUGGACUGCACGCACCAGGAUUCUUUGACAAGGUGCUACAUGUGCAGAAAUGUUUUCUGCAGAGUGAACCAGCAGAUAAGGUUCUUGCAGUUGUUCAAGAAACCUGGAUGGAUCCUGCCGUAGGCCUCACACCUUAUGAUGUCCAUAAGCAUGUUGGGUUUCUCAAGCAUCUUAUGAUAAGAACCGGAAGAAACGUCAGCACUGGAACUCCAGAAGUAAUGGUCAAUUUUGUGACGCCAUGUUAUAAACCAGAUCUAUUGAUGCCUCUUGUUGACAAAAUCACAAAAAUACCUGAAGUGGUCAGCAUCAUAAAUAAUGUGAACUCAUCUGUUGGCAAUACAUCUGUCGGUGAACAAGAAUAUACCUUGUACGGGAAGCCAAACAUUACAGAGAUGUUGAGAGGACUUACGUUCCAGAUAUCUGCAAACUCCUUUUUUCAGACUAAUACAAAGCAGGCUGAUGUUCUUUACAAGCUUAUUGAAGACUCUGCUGGGCUUAAAGGCGAUGGCUCUGAAAUUGUUCUUGACUUGUUUUGUGGAACUGGAACCAUUGGUUUGACCCUUGCCAGAAGUAUACAGUUUUCUGCUUGGCUCAGGGCAAAGCAUGUUUAUGGAUAUGAAGUUGUCCCUGAGGCCAUUGCAGAUGCACGAAAGAAUGCCAAGUUGAAUGGUAUCGAUAAUGCAACAUUUGUUCAAGGGGAUCUCAAUAAAAUCAAUGAAUCAUUCGGGAAGGAAUUUCCAAAGCCUGACAUCAUCAUUUCAGAUCCUAAUCGACCCGGGAUGCAUAUGAAGUUAAUCAAGUGGCUGUUAGAAGUUAAAGCUCCUCGAAUAGUGUAUGUCUCCUGUAAUCCAGCUACUUGUGCUCGGGAUUUGGACUACCUAUGUCACGGCGUGGAGGAGAAAGAUUUGAGAGGAUUCUAUGACCUGAAGAGUGUAAUUCCUGUGGAUAUGUUUCCUCAUACUCCUCAUAUCGAGUGUGUCUGCUUAUUGGAGCUGCGUUGAUUUUCAGUUUUGGUCAGGUACACUAAAACGAUUCCUCAUGACUGAGGAACUCUUGUAUCUUUUUUCUGGACUGGCAGUUGAGAACUGGACUUAACAUCGGGAAGUACUGGACAAUUGAUCUGAUUUCUGAGGACCCCACCCUGCCUUGGGUUUUAUUGGAACACUUUUGACGACUAUGCAGUUUUUCUGAAAAGGAUUCUUUCAUCAGCUACCAUGUAUCAAGCAGCACCGAAGAAGUUUAGUUUGCUACAGAGCGCCCAGGAUCAGAGUGUACGGCUGACCCUUCACUGGAUGGCCAUCAACAGAAAACAACAGUUGGACUUCCCUUGUGUUCUACAGAGAAGUGUCUGCAAAGGCAGGAUGUUUUUUUUUUCUUUUCAUGAAGAAUACAUAGAAAAUACAGUGUGUGUGUGUGGGGGGGGGGGGGGGGGGGGUAUCAAGAAAAGGCUUGAGUUGUUGCAAGAUGCGACCAAUACGUUUUUGUUGUGUUUUGCGUUAAUAGCUAAGCAACAUCCCCCAGACCUUUCAUCCAACAAACAUGUCAAAUGGACCUGCUGUAUCAUUGGUCCUCGUGGCAGAAGUUGCGGCUAUUGCUUCGCGUUGGGUGCUAAAAUUAUCUCUGUGCUGCAUCUUGGUGGUAUCAGUUUCACAUGUGACAAUGAGACCCUUGUCCGCAUGUUGUGACUUGUCACGCUUCGGAUUCUCAAGCCUCUUAUGACAGUCAGCACAGCAACAGGAAAAUGCAAAAUCAGAUCUUUAAUAUUCAUAUAUGAGGCAUAACAUCAUUACAUCACUGCCCAUUCGCUAGCCAUUCAGGCUAGAAUCUUUUCCAGUAGUUCUCCUGUUUUCAGUUGCUCCAACCUUGAGCAUAUGAACUUCUGCCCUGUUUUUAUCUAAUCCAGACUGUAAAUUGGGAGCUUUGUUGAGCCGCUUUGAUUCUUCAUGUAAGAGAAUACAUAUUGCUGGUGCCAGUUAUUUUGCGUGUGCAUUGUUC